AGCCUACUUGGCGGCCAAAUCCUGGCCCCUCGCUGGCGCAGGUAACUCCCACAACCCAAUCCUUCCGAUCCACCUCGCCGCCGCCCCGUUGAUCUCCACGAAUCCCCACCUCAGCCGCCUAAAACCCACACAAUUUUCCCUCAGCUAGCCAUUACUCGCUGUUCCAUCAGAGGAGCGAUGCAGUGAGUUGGUUAAACUUAUGUAUGUGGUCCGCGUUACAGAGAACAAGCCGUCGUCGUACAGGCCAGAAUGCACCAGUAAUGGCUAGGAUCUGCAGGCAGGCAGGCAGGGCCAGGCCUGAGUGCCUUCCACAUGUUCAUCUUCAGUGCUCGUUCAGACAUAUGGCAAUCGUCAGAGAUGGCUGGCUUUGUUGAUUGGCCCUCACCGCGAGAGUUUGCUUCUGAUCCAGCCAUAGGAAACACCCCGAGAGUUCGCUUCUGAUUCAGCCAUAGGAAAUGGAAAAAGUGCCAUGCAUGUAUGCAUUUUUGUUUUUGAGAAAACGCAAAGAGAGAGUUUAAGGUUACAGCCCUCCGAGGAGGCCGGUUACAGACAUUGAUUUUUCAUUCUAUUUGAUAGUAGAACUUUCUGGCGUCAAUGUUUCAUCACUUCUGAAGGAAAUUUGCCAGCUAAGCAUUUUUUUUCUUCUAUUUGGUAGGUGGUCAUAAUUUUUCAGGUGUGGUCGUUGGGAUGGAAAAAGGUGGUUGUCUGAUGUAUACAUGUCAUGAACAAAAACAGGGUCAUCAAUUACUGGAUCUGUCCCACCUGCUGCCAUGACUGAGAAGAGGCAGCUUAUAUUUGGAGGCAGAGUUUGACUUAACUAGGAAAGACUGGGUGUGGUUCCAAGAAAGGACCAGCGGACCACACAAAUGGCUGGAAAUGCAGGAGCUCCAUUUAUGUUCUUUAUCUAGCCAGCAAGGCUGCUCUCACGAGGAAUCCGAGGCGAUGGCGUGGUCCUUAGCUUGGGAAGACCAUCCUUUCGCUGGUGUGAUAUGAUGCCUUCCUCUGCAAUCGUCCUGGCAAGCAUCACUCUAAAAUUGGCUUCCCAAAUUUCCGCUCAUGAAGCAAUGGCAAGGUUUGAUAGUGACAUAAAAGAUCACUACAUUUAACUUGAAAGAAGCUUAGCAAGGUAUUCCAGUCUAUAAAGAAAAGAUGGCAGAGGCUGUGGUUUAUGUCGUGCUUGGGAAAAUUGCUGCUAGUUUGGGGCGCGAUGCUCUAAAUGCAAUAGGCUCGCGGUUAGGAAAAGGAGCAUCGGAUUUACUUGAAGCUGAGAACAACAUGAGGCAGAUUGAGACUGAAUUUACAGUAAUGAAAGCUUUUCUAAUGCAAGUAACGAUGCGCUCAUCAUGUAAUUUGGCUUUUGAUGCCUGGCUUGAUGAGGUAAAAAAGGUUGCACAUGAUGCUGAUGAUGUAAUUGAUGGGUAUGAAUACCUUCUCGGACAAUCAAAUACAGAAGGUAGUAGUUCACUGACGAAACUAUGGCGUCGCUCCAAACAUGCGGGUGGUUGGCGAAGCAUUACUGAACAACUUAAGCAGAUUGAGGUCCGCCUUUCGAAGCUCACAAGCAUGAGAGAUCGUUAUGGCAUCACAAUCAGUGCAGAAGGAGAAGUUAACCACACAAGCCAGAAUCGUCAGCUGGAACAUGCUCUGGACUCAACAUGUCUAAACAUCGAGGAUGAGGUGGUCGGGUUUGAAGAAGAAACGUCAUGGCUUGUGCAACAGUUGAUACACGGGCGAGAAGAGCGAACAAUCAUAUCUGUCUGUGGUAUGGGUGGUUUAGGCAAAACGACUCUUGUCCGCCAGGUCUAUAAAAAGGAUGAAAUCAAGCAGAAUUUUAACUGUUCUGCGUGGAUUUCAGUUUCUCAAAGUUACAACAUUCAGCAUCUGUUGAGGGAAAUAUUAAGGCAGCUUCAGGAGGAGGAAAAGGACAUCCCUUGUCAGGUGGACACUACAGAUGUUGCAAGCUUGGUGCAAACACUAGCGAACUUCUUGCAGGACAAAAGGUAUUUGAUCGUCUUGGACGACGUGUGGAGUCGAGAUGCCUGGGUACUGCUAGAUCAUGCACUGAGUAUAAGCAAUAAAGGAAGCAGGAUCAUCUUAACUACAAGAAAUGAAGAUGUUGCUUCAUUGGCUGAUGAUGAGCACGGCAUUCAACUCAAAAUGCUUGGAAAGGAAGAAGCAUGGGAUCUCUUUUGUCAAAAAGCCUUUCCGAGAAUAGAAGGGAAAACAUGUCCUCAGAGUCUAAUUUGCUGGGCCGAAAAAAUUGUGGACAAGUGUGAAGGGUUGCCACUAGCUAUUGUUGCCAUUGGAAGUUUGCUGUCACACAAGAAGCUAUAUGAAAAUGACUGGAAAUCCUUCUAUCAUCAACUAGAUUGGCAGAUAGGUAACAACGCAGAGCUCAGCUCCGUGAGAAAUGCCCUGGACCUUAGCAUCAAUCAUUUACCAGGAAAUCUGAAGAACUGCUUUCUAUACUGUGGUAUAUUUCCUGAAGACUAUGAGAUUCGAAGAGAUGAGCUUAUUCGGUUAUGGAUAGCUGAAGGCUUCGUAGAACAAAGGGGGCCACAUAUAACUCUGGAGGAAGUAGGGAAUGAGUAUCUCAAUGAAAUCGCUCAACGUUCGCUUCUUCAAGUUGUCCAGAGGGAUGCUGAUGGCAUUGCACAGACAUUCCAAAUGCAUGACCUUGUAAGAGAUAUAGUUAUAAGCAAGUGCACAGUUGAGAAAUUUUCUCUUCUUCUGGAUAGCUCUCGUGAUACUAUGCGCAGCAGAGAAGCACGGCGUGUUUCAGUACUCAAAGCUGACAGCAUUGAAGAUACUCUUGAUGGCGGAGAAAAGAUACGAUCCUUCAUUUUGUUCGAUCGUAGAGUAUCAUCCUCCUGGGUAGAAACUGCUACUGGAAAUUUCAGAUUGCUACGAGUCUUGUCUUUACGAUUCACAGAGAUAACGAAGCUCCCUGAUGUUGUGACCACUCUGUUCAAUUUGCGCUACCUUGAUUUGUCUCACACCAAUCUUGAAGUGGUUCCCAAAGCAUUGUGUAAGUUGAGGAAGCUGCAGAGUCUAGAUCUUAUAGUAACUCGUGUAGUGGAACUGCCGCCUGAAAUAAAGAAGCUGACUGAACUCCGAUUUCUGCUAACUGUUGUCAUCCAUGAAUAUGAUGGAAGAAUAUUUGAUUGCUUCCAAGCCGCUAAAGUACAUCCUGGAAUUUGCCUUCUAAAGGAUAUGCAAGAACUGAGAUAUGUAGAAGCAAACAAAGAUUUAGUGGUCAACCUUUGCAACUUAACAUUACUCCGAACACUUGGAAUAAUGAAAGCCAAGUGUGAGCACAUUAAGCAAUUAUGGACCUCCAUCACAAGAUUGGUGCACCUUUCUAAACUUGAUAUAAUCUCAUAUGCCAAGGAAGAAGUUCUUAAUCUGGAAAACUUAGAUCCUUUGCCAAAUCUGGAAAACUUUUACCUGAAAGGCAAGUUGGAAGGGGGUGUUAUCCCAACAAUAUUCAGUGGUUUCAGAAAACUCAGUGACCUACGCAUGGGCUGGUCCAGGUUACAAGCAGAUCCAAUUCCUUCAUUUGCACACUUAUCACAUCUGGUUGAACUUCACCUUUACAGAGUGUAUGAGGGGCAGAUCAUGACUUUCAGGACAGGUUGGUUUCCAAAGCUCGAGAAACUGUACUUAGCUGACAUGGAGCAGCUCAGUUGCAUUGAAGUGGAGGCUCAGACCAUGCCGAUCCUUAAUUAUAUGCAGCUCAUUGGUCUGAGAAGUAUGCUCGUUGUUCCAGCAGGAUUCCAAAAUUUAACCUCACUCCAACAGGUAGUCCUCAUGGACAUGCCAGUAGAAUUUAUGACUAUGGUACAAGAACAAGACUGUACCAAGCAUAUACGCCUGAUACUUCAUCGCCUUCGCCAAUGAUGCAGGCGCCGCUACUAAAAAUAUUCCAUUGAGAUGAAGAAGCUGUUCUGUGCUUGUGUAAUUUGCUGGUGCAUGUUCACCAAGACUUCCCUCGCUGUAUGUCAUCUAUAUAUUGAAAUUUCUCAGUGUAUUGUAUUUGAACUCCGGAUUGACCACUAGGUACGCUUCAGAUUUGGAACUGUAAUAACAGGGUAGUGGCACGCUUCAGGUUUUUUGUCCCGUAGUUUGUAUACGACAAGGUACAAACAGUGGGUUUUCCUGAAAUGCGUCAAACCCGUCAGUAGUACUAUGUAAGAAAAAUUAUUGUGCUUUUUAUCUAUGGUUCAGCCCUUUGAUCA